AUGUUGCAAAGGCCUUGCGACUCCAGGACGAAGAAGCAGCCUGCGCUGGAGAUUGGAGAGGAGAACUGGUACUACAAGGCGGAGGACUAUGGCGAGGGCAAAGUCGGGGCUUGGGGAGGCCCUUGCACGUGUCCGAACGGCGAGAUCUACCAGGUUGGCGACAACUGGAAUGGCUGCGAAAGCCUGGCAUGUGUGGGAGGUGUGUCAGGGGACUGUGAAAAGGUUGACCGUGAUGAGCGCAGGGGCAUGAAGGUUCGAUGCGACACGCCGCCCCCACCGCCACCUACGACACCUCCCCCGGGGCAACACAGUCGAGAGGCGACACGAUUCUUAUCAUGGAAUGUCUAUUACGCAAACGACCUGGUCGGUCGCGCAGGUCAGAUUGCGGACGCCAUCCUCGAGGUGGAUCCGGAAAUUGUGUCCCUGCAGGAGCUCUGGAAUGAGUGGGAUGAGAUCCUGGCAGAGCUGAACCGGAAGUCCUCUGCAGAAAUUUGGGAGUUCGCAAGGGGAGGAGACACAGAAUCCAAGUGGGACGGAGACUUCGUUUUCCGGCGAGACUUGUGGACUCUGGAAGACAGCGGUAUGCAUCCUUUUGAGGAUCGGGGAAUCAGCUGGGCAGUACUCCAUCGACGCAGCGACUACACCGGUGUUGUUGUGCUUGGCACGCACCCGUGGUGCUGCACCAAUGAUGAGCCCAUCCUUCGAACAGUUCAGAACGACAUCCUGGAGGUGAUCAAGGAGCAGCGGGCGAAACAUCCGCAGUACCCUGUGGCCUUGCUGGGCGACAUGAAUGCGGGCUUCUGGGCAGGAUCACAGUAUCUGCUGCGCGAUGGCACACGCACGGCUCACAACCGCGACUGGAGUAUCCUGCCGUAUACUUUCAAGGACUCCUACAACAUUAAUGGCCAAAACCCAGAUGCAUCCACUGGAUUCGGCCCGAAGAUUGACUUUGUCUACUUCGAAAAGACGCCGCUUCCGAUGGGCCAGGUGGUUGAAUCGAAGAUUUGGCGAGAUUGUGACAAAGCGGGGAGCGACCACUGCGCAGUUUCUGGGGACAUUGUCCUGACUCCCCGAGGAACCACACCAACGCCUUCCACCAGUGUCAGUGCAAGUCCCAUGCCCCCAACUACUUCCACGAGUGUCACCACCACCUCUUUGUUUGAGCUGUCCUGUGCGGACUUCGGGAACUGGCCCGAUGUCGACAAGGGUGUCACUUGUGGUAAUUGCACGGCCCUUGUGCUCACCGCUCCACACGGCGGCCGUUGCCGGACGUUCUGCAGCUCUUUUGGCCACAUUUGCGUGGCAGCCGCCGAGGAGGAGAAUGAGAAUUGCGAGGUGAAGACGAGAAAAAGCUGCGACGACGACAUUUCUGGCACCUCAGACAUGCUGUGCACCUGCGCCUUGCCUACCUCGCCAGCUUGGCGCCCUCUCGGUGGUGAAUCUGGUCAUGCUUGCAGAGGCGCAGAUUCCAAGGACAACUCUGCGAAAUAUUACAAGAUUGUCAGCGCUGACACUCUGCAGGACUGCCAAAGUUUGUGCCUCUUCACGGCCGGCUGCAAGGGCGUGGAGUACUCGGCAGGUGGCAAGCGGUGCGAGGUCUGGACGAGGCCAGAGGGCAUCGGCGCAACUGCUCCGGUAAACGGCUUCGUUUGCCUUGAGAAGGCAAGUUCAACUCCCCCAAAGCCACUGCCACUGAGCUUCGAGCCAGUGGAUGGCGGACAGGGCCGUGCCUGCCGCGGGCCAGGUGGCAAGAACGACCCAAACUUCUAUCGUGCCCGCAAAGCAUCAACUCUUGAGCUUUGCCAAGGCCUCUGCGCACUCAGUGAGGAUUGCACUGGCGUGGAGUGGAGCCUGAAUCGCUGCGAGAUUUGGCGGUCGCCGAUUGAGGGGACGGCGUCAGUCAGCGGCUUUGAUUGCCACCGCGCCACCGGUCGGGUUAUGACAUCAUAA